AUGGGCUGCUUCAAUACCAAAUCCUCAAAUCAGCCAAAAGUUGUUCAAAACACUUCAAAUCAAUCUGCCCCACAGGCACAACCAUCACGACCUCCAGUAGCCCCUCCUCACCCACAGAUUCCAAAACCUGAAUCUCAAGAACCUGCCAAAAUAAAAGUUGAGUCUAAAUUAACUCCCGACCAGGUAAAAGCAAGUGACUUUACUCCAGUAUCUACUCAAAAAGGCUUAUUCCCUUAUAACUGUCCAAUUUGCUUCAAAUAUCUCUCUAAUAUCUUGGUUACACAAUGCUGUAAAAAUUAUAUUUGUCAUCUUUGUAUCUCAGAGCUUCAGACAAAGCAUGUAAAUUUUGAAAUUGCUUGCCCACAUUGCAAAGCCCAGCCACUUGUAGUAACAGACGUCGACCCCAACGUGACGGUUAAGCGAUAUUCUGAUUCUCCUUACGCAACUUUUAACAAUACUACAAAUCAAGGAAAUAAAUGGAUUUCCCAACUGCCAAUGAUUAACGAAGAUAAAGAUGAUAUUGAUUUAAAAGAAAAAGAGCAGAAUAAAAGCUUUAUUGCUCCUCCAGAAGAACACCAAUUAGUGCCAAACUUAUAUGCAACUUCCUAG